AUGGCUGACACCUCCAAGUUGCAUCCUGCGACUACCGUCACCAAUAUCAAAUCAUGCAUCCCUAUUGUGCUUGACUACGAAGGAAGCCAAUACAAUAACUGGGCUACCCUCUUCAAGCUCCAUUGUCGUGCAAACUUGGUCAUUGACCACAUCCUACCUCCUGCCUCCCCCACCGUGCCACCACCGGCAACUGCAACCGAAAAACUUGCUGCUAAGGCCCUAUGGGAACAGCUGGAUGACAUUGUUCGGCAAUGGAUAUAUGGUACGAUAUCGAAUGAUCUUCUCAACACGAUCAUUCAUCAAGAGGACACCGCAGCCGAAGCUUGGGACCGUCUUGUUCAUCUCUUUCAGGACAACAAAUCGGCUAGGGCUCUUGCUCUUGAUGCCAAAUUCACCAACACAAAAUUGGUGGAUUUUCUGAAUGUGAAAGCAUACUGUACCAGGCUGAAAGUUCUUGCAGAAAAUCUCGCCAACGUCGGUCACAAAGUUUCCGACGAAUGA